AUGGCCAAACUUGUGGUAGAAGUUCUUGAUUCUAGCGAUCUCAUGCCUAAAGAUGGCCAUGGCUCUGCCAGUCCUUUUGUAGAAGUAGAAUUUGAAGAACAGCGCCAAAAAACCACAACAAAGCCUAAAGAUCUCAACCCUCAAUGGAAUGAAAAGCUUGUUUUCAAUAUAAAGAAUCCCAGAGAUAUUUCUAAUCAAACCAUUGAAGUUUUAGUAUACAAUGAUAAUAAACAGGGCCAUCAUAAGAAUUUUCUAGGCCGGGUUCGGAUUUCCGGUGCGUCUGUUCCUUUUUCUGAGGCUGAAACCAUGGUUCAAAGAUACCCUCUUGAUAAAAAGGGGUUUCUUUCUAACAUAAAGGGUGAUAUUGCUAUGAAAAUCUAUGCAGUGCACGGAAAUAUUGAUGGAUAUCAGGCUCAGGCUGAGUUUUUGCAGCCACCGGAGGAAGUGCCAAAUCCUUCUCAUCAUCAUCAUAAAGCAGAAACGGAAACUACUCCUUUACAGGAGAUCAACACUAAUAAGCUUGAUGAAGAGUACUACUACAAGGAAAAUCCUGAGAAGAGCAAGAAGAAAAAGAAAGAAAAGGAAGUGAUGACCUUUUACUCUAUUGGAACUGGUUCUGGUGGUGCAGCAGUCGCGCCGCCGCCUACUUCUCGGGCUGAAAAACCAGUUUCCAUGGAAACCCGGACUGAUUUUGCGAAGGCUGGACCGACCCCUGCGGCCACCGUUAUGCAGAUGCAAUUUCCAGGGCAGAAACCUGACUAUGGAUUGGUAGAAACCAGGCCUCCUUUGGCUGCAAGAACGGGCUACUGGGGAAGGGACAAGACUGCGAGUACUUACGAUUUGGUGGAGCAGAUGAAUUUUCUGUAUGUGCAUGUUGUCAAGGCCAAGGAUCUUCCAGUGAUGGACAUAUCAGGGAGUCUUGAUCCAUAUGUUGAGGUGAAGGUUGGUAAUUACAAAGGAGUGACUAAGCACAUCGAGAAGAAUCAGAAUCCGGUAUGGGAUAAAGUUUUCGCGUUUUCCAAAGAGAGAUUACAGUCCAAUUUGAUUGAAGUCACAGUGAAGGAUAAGGAUAUUGGGAAGGAUGAUUUUGUGGGAAGAGUUCUGUUUGAUACAGUAGAAGUUCCUGUUCAUGUGCCACCGGACAGUCCAUUGGCUCCUCAAUGGUAUAAAUUGGAGAAUAAGAAGGGGGAGAAAAUUAGUCAUGGGGUUGGGGAGAUUAUGCUUGCAGUUUGGAUGGGAACACAAGCUGAUGAGGCGUUCUCUGAUGCUUGGCACUCUGAUGCUCACAACGUUAGCCAACAAAACCUCGCCAGUACGCAAUCAAAGGUGUAUUUUUCGCCUAAAUUAUAUUAUCUCCGAGCGCAUAUUAUCUCCGCACAAGAUCUUGUUCCUUCAGACAGGGGACGACUACCGGAUACAUUUGUGAGGGUGCAGAUAGGGCACCAGAUUAGAACUACUAGGCCUUUUAUGAAACACAUCAAUCCAGAGUGGAAUGAGGAACUUAUAUUCGUAGUAUCCGAGCCUUUUGAUGAGUAUAUAAAUUUUAGUGUCGAUGACAGAAUUGGACAAGGCAAGGAUGAAGUACUUGGAAGACUGAUCAUACCAGUUAGGGAAGUUCCACAGAGAGCUGAAACCAUUAAGCUUCCGGAUCCGCGUUGGCAUGCUCUUCACAAGCAUGCUGUAGCAGAGGAAGAAGGGGAGAAGAAGAAAGAGUCGAAAUUUGCAAGCAGAAUUCUUCUCCGGCUCAGCAUAGAUGCCGGUUAUCAUGUUCUUGAUGAGUCUACGCAUUUUAGUAGCAAUCUCCAGCCAUCAUCAAAGCAUCUAAGGAAGGCCAGCAUUGGACUUCUUGAAGUUGGAAUUUUGAGUGCUCGCAAUUUGCUGCCAAUGAAGGCCAAAGACGGAAGAGCUACAGAUACUUAUUGUGUGGCCAAAUAUGGGAACAAAUGGGUUCGAACUCGGACACUUCUUGACACGCUGAAUCCUCGGUGGAAUGAGCAGUAUACUUGGGAGGUUUAUGAUCCAUGUACUGUGAUCACAAUUGGUGUUUUCGACAAUUGCCACAUCAAUGGAAAAGAUGACGUUAAGGAUCAGAGAGUAGGAAAGGUGAGAAUUAGGCUUUCAACUUUAGAAACUGAUAGGAUUUAUACACAUUUUUAUCCACUGCUGUUUUUUUCACCUUCGGGAUUGAAGAAACAUGGGGAACUCCAUUUAUCAAUACGAUUCUCCUGUUUUGCUUGGAUGAACAUGGUGACACAAUACGGGAAACCAUUGCUUCCGAAGAUGCAUUAUGUUCAGCCCAUAUCGGUUAGGCACAUUGAUUGGCUCCGCCACCAGGCAAUGCAGAUAGUGGCUGCAAGGCUAUCCAGGGCCGAGCCGCCACUCCGAAGGGAGAUAGUGGAGUACAUGUUGGAUGUUGAUUACCAUAUGUUUAGCCUCAGGAGGAGUAAAGCCAACUUCCAUCGUAUAAUGUCGCUUCUUUCUGGGGUUUCAUACGUCACUGGAUGGUUAGAUGGAAUCUGUUACUGGAAAAACCCCUUGACCAGUAUCCUCGUACACGUUUUGUUCUUGAUAUUGGUUUGCUUCCCGGAAUUGAUCUUGCCCACCAUAUUCCUCUAUCUUUUUGUCAUUGGCCUGUGGAACUACCGGUUCAGACCUAGGAAUCCACCUCACAUGGAUGCUCGACUCUCUCAGGCAGAGAAUGCUCAUCCCGAUGAAUUGGAUGAGGAAUUCGAUACAUUUCCAACCUCUCGACCCUCAGACAUUGUGAGGAUGAGGUAUGACAGACUACGAAGUGUUGCAGGCAGAGUUCAAACUGUGAUGGCAGAUUUGGCAACACAAGGGGAAAGAGCCGUUUCCAUAUUAAGCUGGAGAGAUCCCAGGGCUACAGCUAUUUUUAUCAUCUUUGCAUUGAUCUUGGCUAUGUUUUUGUAUGUAACCCCGUUCAAGGUCGUGGCAGUGCUGGCUGGGCUUUACUGGUUGCGCCAUCCUCGGUUCAGGAGUAGGAUGCCUUCUGUACCUGUCAACUUCUUCAAGAGAUUACCAUCCAAAUCAGACAUGCUUCUAUGA